AUGGACUCACUUGAAAAGACAUUCGAAGAUGCUUGCUCGAACGGGGUCAUCCCCGGAGCUGUCCUUGCAGCAUCCAGCAAAGAUGGAUGCUUCACCUACUGCAAGGCGUUUGGGUUCAGCUCACUUGAAGACCAUACUCCUCUCGACAAGAGCGCAGUAUUUGCCCUCGCCAGCUGCACGAAACUCAUCACUACCAUUGCUGCCCUGCAGCAGAUAGAGCAGGGCAAGAUCUCACUGGAAGAUGACGUGGCCUGCGUUGUGCCGGAGUUGGCAAGGUUGGAAAUUGUGUCCGAAACACCCGACGGAGAUCUCAAGUUCACCAAGCGAACGCAACCGAUUACCUUGCGUCACCUUCUUACCCAUUCAUCGGGCAAGUCUUAUGACUUCAUGGCACCCGUCUUGCAGAAAUACAACAAGUCCAAAGGUCUGCCACCAAUGCCGCCCAACAGAUCGGUCGUGGAGACAUACGCGUCCCCACUAAUCUUUGAGCCCGGAACAUCCUGGCACUAUGGCAGUUCCGUAGACUGGGCUGGACUGGUAGUCGAGCGACUCUCCGGAAUGGAUCUUGACACCUAUUUCAAGCAAAACAUUUUCGAGCCACUGGGAAUAUUUGAUAUGACUUUCUGGCCCGGUAAGUCCGCUCAAGUGCAGGCCAAGAGAGUGGCUGGUUCAGUGCGUUCACCCGACGGAAACGUCGUUCCCUUCAAGGGACCCAGCUUUGUUGCUGGAGCUACAGCGCCACUGGGAGGUCAAGGACUCUAUGCUUCAGUGCCCUCGUACCUGAAGAUUCUGCAAAGCAUUCUUGUGGAUAACGAGAAGCUUUUGAAGAAGGAAACUUCGGCGAUGAUGUUCACGCCGCAGCUGGCUGAAGAAAGUCGCAGCGAGCUUCAAGCGCUGUACAAGAGCCAACCGCAGUCGGGACCUUGCAGCAUUGGGUACUUCCCUCCAGACACCAAAUACAGCUGGGGAUUGGGUGGCUUGUUGACGAUGGAGGAUGUCAAUGAAUGCGGCCCAGGAUAUCGACGAAGGAAUUGUUUGACCUGGAGCGGCGCGCUGAACUCCUUCUGGUUCAUUGACAGAGAAGCACAAGUAUGUGGGAUAUAUGGCGGAGAGGCUAUCCCACCUGGAGAUCGGAAGAUCAACCAGAUGAUCAUUACAUUCGAAAAGGCUAUAUACCAGCAAAAAGCCCAGGAUGGUCAUCCUUACGGGAUCGUGUCACGGAAUACUACCAACACUCGUAUCGUAAGCAAGAAGUAUAAGGUGCUGAUCGUCAUAAUCGCCACUACUCCGACGACGGCCCUACAGUAG